AUGAGAGAGUGGGUGGUGGAGAUGAGAGAGUGGGUGGUGGAAAUGAGAGAGUGGGUGGUGGAGAUGAGAGAGUGGGUGGUGGAAAUGAGAGAGUGGGUGGUGGAGAUGAGAGAGUGGGUGGUGGAGAUGAGAGAGUGGGUGGUGGUGAUGAGAGAGUGGGUGGUGGAAAUGAGAGAGUGGGUGGUGGAAAUGAGAGAGUGGGAGGUGGAGAUGAGAGAGUGGGUGGUGGAUAUGAGAGAGUGGGUGGUGGAAAUGAGAGAGCGGGUGGUGGAGAUGAGAGAGUGGGUGGUGGAAAUGAGAGAGUGGGUGGUGGAGAUGAGAGAGUGGGUGGUGGAAAUGAGAGUGGGUGGUGGAGAUGAGAGAGUGGGUGGUGGAGAUGAGAGAGUGGGUGGUGGAGAUGAGAGAGUGGGUGGUGGAAAUGAGAGAGUGGGUGGUGGAAAUGAGAGAGUGGGUGGUGGAGAUGGGGUGGUAGAUAUGAGAGAGUGGGUGGUGGAAAUGAGAGAGCGGGUGGUGGAGAUGAGAGAGUGGGUGGUGGAAAUGAGAGAGUGGGUGGUGGAGAUGAGAGAGUGGGUGGUGGAGAUGAGAGAGUGGGUGGUGGAGAGAGUGCGACGCGCAGAGGAAUGCGGUCCUGAGGGGCCAACGGCAGUGCAGAGGUGGGGUGGGAAAGGGGGUGGCAGAGAGUGUGCUGGACUGCACCACAAGGCCACUUGUUCAACGCUGGGCCUUGAACAGGCAAUCGCCCUCCAUUCAUCACUGCACGCCGCCCACAUUCAUUCGCCUCUCCCUCUGCCCUCCACCUCCACGGCUGUUUCACAAGAGGGGAUGCAAGCAGCAGUAGCUCAUGUGCACACUCUCGUCCUUCACCACCACUGCGCUUGUCCAUGCUCCCUCCACCAUGCCACAUGCUCUUUGGCGACAGCCGCCGCACUGCCAAUGGCCACGGGGUGGGGUGGUGGCGCAAGGCAUGAGGGGCGUGGUGCAGCGCGGGAGUGGUGCUGCGGGAAGUGCAGCGGGGUCAAGGGGAAGUGGCGGCUGACAGACAGGAACGAGGGGCGCUGGAAGGGGAAGGCAGGGGGAGGUGCGUGUGGUGGGCGGGGAGAGUGGCUUGUGCAGACCUUACAUGGCGGCCAAUCGUUGCUGCUGCCACUGCUGCACGAGGCGAAGGGUGCAGCAGGGGUGUGCGGGUGGUGUGUGGAGUGGCAGGGGCAGGAGCAGUGGAGGGCGUGCGCUGCUGCGAAGAGCAAAGGCAGCUUAGCCACACUCGCCAACGGGAACUGCUGCCCCGCUCGCACGUUCGCGGACUGGCCAGAGGGAAGAUGCACCACUGCCACACCGAGUGCGCUGCUGCCCUCCCUCUCCCAUCGCAAUUACGCAUCCCCUCUCCCUUCACUCGCCCUUCCACUCAUCUCGCUCUCCUGUCUAGCCCCUCUUCACUUUCCCGCUUCCCCUUCCUCCCUCCCCCUCCCCCCCUCACUCUCCUUCCCUCCCCCCUUCCCCCUCCCCCCUCCCCCCACCCCCCUCCCCCCUCCCCCACCCCUCUUCCCCCACCCCUCCCCCCCGUCCCCCCUCGCCGUCCUGUCACCUGCCAUGGCGAACAGCCAGUCGCCGGAGCUGCCUCUGCAGGCGUCGCGCGUUCGUCGCCAGCGAUCGCGCGACGUUGCUCGCGUGCGAUGA